GUGAUGUGAAGCCACUGCAAGUGUCUUUGCUCACACUGACUCGCAGCCAGCUACAGUUUUGCACACACUAGGCACGCUAUUAAAGCUGCAGAUUAGAGGGGCUCGUAACCACACAAGCACACAGAUCUCCAUCAUGUACCGGAUUUUGACUUGACGGGAAAAGGAGCCAAGUGGAGUGUAAGGUAGGCACUGAAUCAGCAAAGGCAGCGCAUUAUGCGCCACUACCUCAUUCAGGAUGCAACGUGAAUUGUCUUCAUGCACCGGGUACCUUUGUGGCUAAAAGAGGAGCAGCACCCACGAGAGGCAGGCAACAGCAAGAGGAAGGGUUUUAGACUCGGGAUAUUCUAAGGAUGUCAAGGCUUUUUGGGUUUGAAUGUGCUCGGCCUUGGUUCAGCCGGGAUGCAAGCGGAGGUGUCAUCCCGGCUCGGCCAUUCAACUCAAAACCCGAGUCGCUUUCGCCUCCUGGAGGAGAGAAAUCAAGUUUUGAGACGAGAAGUGGCCGCUCUUCGCCAAGAGAGGCAACAGUACCGCAAACUGAGAGUAAAGCUCCAUACUACUUUGCAGGAGAAAAAUCGUCUCAACCUCGAGCUGAUUGGCCAUCACCUGAAGGCCUCCAAAUAUGACCAGGUCCAGUCCGACUUCGCUCGGCUGAAAGAGACGCUUUCUGUGGUGAGCCAAGAGAGAGACGCGGCCCAACAGCAGCGCAACCAACUUGAGGGUAAAGUCGAGAACCUGGAAGAGGUUCUAAAGCAUAUGCGCAAGACUGAUGAGGAUAAGCAGCGGCCACAGACAGAGCAUGAGCGGGCCGAGCAGAAAGAGAUCCAUCAGUUGCAAAAGGCCCGGCUUCAAGCUGACCGUGACCAUGAGCAAGCCAUACAACUGUUAGAGGUCCACAUUUGUGACCUGGGGCAGACAUGCGGGUCACAGAGUGAACACUUCCAUCAGUUGUCCAAAGAUCUGCUGAAUUUCCGUUUACAAUCCCGUUCUGUGGAAAUCCUCCUGAGUAAAGCCACCCCCGAAUCCUCCAAUUUCCUCUCAGAGGAGGAGCAGCUCCCAAAAGUCGCUGUCGGAUUUGAAACCCAGACAGAGGCAGGCGAUGAGAGAGCGCCAAACACACUGAUCUCCCAGUUCUUACAGUGCCCACAGCAGACCGGACACAGGGAAAGGCCAGAUUGGCCGUCCGUCAAAUCAGGCACCGUGAAAACGGAACUCGCCAGCUGCGCUCGUCGGCUGACACCAUCAGCGAUGGAGGAUGAACCAAACCCAUCACACAGGUCCAAGCCCCGCUACACAGGCCAGGUCCGCCUUUGCACUGCCCGAUACAGUUACAAUCCCUACGAUGGACCAAACGAACAUCCCGAGGCAGAGCUCCCACUUGUGGCUGGGAAGUAUUUGUAUGUAUACGGCAACAUGGAUGAUGACGGAUUCUAUGAAGGUGAGCUGCUGGAUGGCCAGCGAGGACUUGUCCCAUCAAAUUUCGUAGAGUUUGUCCAGGACAAGGAGAAGCUGUCCAUUCAAGCUGGAGAAGGAGAAGAUCUUGGCCCGGUUGAUCAUACGCCUCUAGCCUUGAUGCCCGUGGAUGGAGGCGCUGGCCAGGAUUGUCUCCUAGGCUCGGCGAAAGCCUUGGUACCCUGUAGCAACGGCACCAUGGGACCCCUGGACACGGGGGACCUGGCUGAAGACGUUGUGCCUUAUCCCCGAAAGAUCACGCUGAUCAAGCAGCUGGCGCGGAGCGUCAUCGUAGCUUGGGAGCCUCCGGUUGUGCCUUUGGGCUGGGGGAACAUCUCUGGCUACAACGUGUUGGCGGACGGCGAGCUACGAGCCAGCAUACAAUUUGGCGGGCGCACCAAAUGCUUGCUGGAGAAACUGGACCUGGACGGAUGCGUUCACCGCGUGUCGGUACAGAGCGUUACCGACAGGGGAUUGUCGGACGAGCUGCGCUGUACUCUUUUAGUGGGAGCCAAUGUGGUGGUGGCACCUUGCGGCCUCCGGGUGGAUGACAUCCAGCGGGACACAGCCGAGCUCUCCUGGUUGCCAAGUAACAGCAACUAUGGUCACACCGUCUUCUUGGACGGAGUAGAGCACACAGCGCUAAAGCCGGGGCGGUAUAGACUACGCUUCUUCAACCUAAAGCCGCUGACGGUGUACAAAGUGACGGUGGCGGCACAGCCUCACCAGGUGCCAUGGCAACUGCCUCUGGAGCAGAGGGAGAGAAAGGAAGCGGGAGUGGAAUUCUGCACUCAGGCUGCAGGUCCAACACCCUAUUGCAGAACAGGUCCUCCCCUGCCUCCGCAAGAUGUGCAGGUGCUCUGUGGGCAAGCACCCGGGGUCCUUCAGGUCCGCUGGAAGCCUCCGCUAUUGUCUCCCACAGGCACAUCCAAUGGUGCCAACGUCCUUGGCUACGCUGUCUGCACUAAAGGACAGAAGAUAGCAGAGGUGAUGUUCCCAAUGGCAGACUAUGUGACCGUGGAACUGACCAGGAUACAGUGCCUGGAGGCAAGGGAGGUCAUCGUCAGGACGCUGUCCGCACAGGGAGAGUCCCAGGACUCCCACGUCGCCCUCAUUCCAAACAACCUGCUCGUGCCUCUACCUCCGCUUCCUCUGCCGGCGCCGAUGCAUCCCCAUCCCCACGGCCAGCCUCACCUUACGUCGCCUCAUCACCCUCAUGUCAUCCCGCAGCUCCCUGCCCCGCCCCAAGCCCACGGACAACCCCUCCCACAGCAGCCCCAUCCUCCACACCCCCAACCCAUCCCGGUACUCCCUCACCCAGGCUUGCCCCACCCGAACCAGAGUCGAAUGCCGCAUCCCCAUCCGCAGCCCUUGCAGCUCCAUCAAGGUCCCAGGCCCCAGCACCGACUGCCUCUGCAGCCCCACGCUCAUCCCCACCCCGUACCUCAGAGACCAGUAAGUGCCAGAGAUCUGGAUGCCAAAGAGCAAGCCGCCGGCCACCGGACGGCCGCCGCCCCGCCUGGUUGGGAUCUUACACGCUCCCCUUCGUCCCAGGCGCCUGUACCCAUGCAGGGCCACACCCUUGAGCCCCCUCCCCCUGGCAAUCCACGUUCCCCCUCCCCUCAGAGGAUCCUACCACAGCCGAGAGGCAAUCUCAUCCCGGACAACGUGGCCAAAGCCAUCGCCCGGGAAGCGGCGCAGAGAGUGGCGGCCGAGAGCGGCAAGGGGGACCGGAGACCUGUUAGUUACGCCGAACAGGGUCAGUCCUUCCACCAGCGUCACUCCGAUGAGGAAGAAGAAGACGAGGAGGCGUUGGCGCAUCGCCGACGAAGAGGACCUUCAGUCGAUGAGUUCCUCCGAGGCUCCGAACUAGGAAGGCCGCCUCACUGUAGUCACAAUGAAGAUUAUCACAGCGAGAGCAGCCGCGGCUCUGACCUGUCUGACAUCAUGGAAGAGGAUGAGGAGGAACUGUAUUCAGAGAUGCAGCUGGACGAGGGACGCCGAUGCAACUCGCACAACACACCCAAGUUAAACACACCCUCGAGAGGCCGUCAUGACCGGGAAAGCGGACAAAGGAUUCGUCACGGAGGCUCGCAGCCUCAGAGACGACCUCUGAUGGUCCCUGCCAUCGAUGGCUACCGAGAUCAUCAUUCUCCCACCUACUUUGAUGAGUCGGAGACAGAGGAGACCUUCCGGGUAUUUGUGGCGCUCUUUGACUACGACCCCCUGUCCAUGUCCCCGAACCCAGACGCUGCCGACGAGGAGUUGCCCUUCAAAGAGGGUCAAAUCAUCAGGAUAUAUGGGGAUAAAGACACCGACGGGUUCUACAGAGGAGAAGUGAGGGGAAGGAUGGGGCUGAUCCCAUGUAACAUGGUGUCCGAGAUACGAGCCGAGGAUGAUGAAACCAUGGAUCAGCUCAUCAAACAAGGCUUCCUGCCUCUCAGCACCCCGGUGGACAGAUUAGAGCACAACAGGAGAGGCGUUCGCCGAGGUGAAGCCUCCAGGAGGAUGGUGGCUCUGUAUGAUUACGACCCCCGGGAGAGCUCACCUAAUGUUGACGUUGAGGCCGAGCUGACCUUUUGCACCGGUGACAUCAUUGCAGUCUUUGGUGAUAUUGAUGAAGACGGUUUCUAUUACGGUGAGAUCAACGGUCAGCGUGGUCUGGUUCCCUCCAACUUCCUGGAAGAAGUGCCUGACGACGUGGAGGUGUAUCUGACCGAUACGCCCUCCCACUUCCACUCCGAGGAGCCUGCCAACCGGCUCCCUGCCAACUCUGCCGCCAGCGUCCCGGAGGGCAAACGGUGUUUCUACCGCAUUUGUACAUUGUCCUUUUGUUCAAACAUGCAGAUCACCCCGGAAACCCGCGUUGAUAACGACGUGACACCCGUACGCGCCCCGUCCCCAAUCGUUCGUCCGCUGCUGCCGGGCACCAUGAGACCACUCAGUCCGACAAGGAGAAUCCCCAGCCUUCCCCUGGACAUCGGCAACCCUCAAGAUUUAGCCAACAAGAAGAAGAAAGGACUCCUCUCCAAGGGCAAGAAGCUACUCAAGCGACUGUCUCCUGCCAAAUAAAAGCCGACAUGUACAGCGUAGCCGCUCCACUUUCUGAUGUUUUCUCCAGGACCAGCCAGACUGAAUAUGGUUCAGUUCCUCUGUGAUCCAAAUCAAUGACGUUUUGUGUAGUGCCAAAAUCAAGAUGGAAGCGACCACAAAAAAAAAAAAAAAAUACACAUACAAAAAAAAACCCAUGACUGUGAUGUAUUUUAAAUCAAGAGAUUGUUUUCAUAAUGUCAAGUUGAAUCUUUUUUUUGUUGUAGAAACAUUCUCUCAUACAGGGUACCUGGUAAUAGUUACAUGCUUUGUGCAGUAUGUUUCGGAUGUGAACAGGUUGAAAAAUACGAAUCCGGAGGUGAUACUUGCCACAAAUGCAAGUGGGUCUAAUUUUGCAAACCGGCGUGAAUACAGAGUGCAGAAGGUGGCGGAGGGCUGCGCCGCUGUGGGUGUGGUCCCCCUCGACUUCAAUCACAGGCAAUUAAAACGGCUGCUUUUUGGCAUGACUGAAGGAAAUUUGCGGCGCGGAGUGGGCACUUGGAGAUUGCAACCCCCAUAGCUGUGUCGACCAAUUGGAUGAUUUGAAAGAGUAUAAUAACGAUGAUAGUGGAAAUAAUAAUCAAGGCUCAAUGGUUCAGAGAGUUUCUUCCAAACAAAACGUGUCAUCAUUCAUGCCAAGGCGUAGGUGAACCUUCUACGAAAAUAGAAUCCAAAGGUUUUAUUCAGUGCAAUAUCGUCUACCAGCGGUGGUGUAUGUGGUCGAGAAAGAUUGAUCAGAAAUGGAUUGAAGUCAUGAAGCUUUCAUUCAAAAAAAGCUUUUGGAGCACCAGGCGAGCCUCUCAGUGGCCUUUACCAAAAAACAGCAUAAGUGUGACGUUCUUUGUUGGAGUUAAUUUGUUUUUUUUUUUCCUCCUUGAAAGUUAAAUCACAUCAGUUGGGUUCAUAAAUAUUCGUACAAUGACAUCAUUGUAUUCAUUUAGCCUCAAUACAUUAUCACAGUACAUUGAUGUUUGGACACAAUUGCUUUUGAUGGCAAAGGAAGGGAUGGUAUGUUCAAUGCAAAAUGCAUUUUUGUUGCACAAAGUUGUAUGACCGUUGGAUGGAAAGUCGCAUUUGUUGGAUGUGAUGCACUCAUGUCUUUUUUAAAAAUUUUAUUCAUUUUUUUCUUCUCUUAAAAUCGAGAGCUCACGUCACGUGACGUAACAAUCAUACACUCAUUUGUCAUCAUAUGAAGAGAACAUCUGUAAAAGAAGCAGAGAGCCACGUUCAAACCUCGUUAAAGCGACAAAUCAAAAAAAGUUGGUUGUAUGAGUAUAAUAAAUAAAUAAAUAAAAUACAUACAAUAUAUGUCUACUUUUUUACACAAGUAGGCGUUUUCUCGCUGAUAUUUACAGUAUGUACAGAUCAUGUAUUUGUACUUAUUUCUUUAUUGCAGUGAUUAAAAAGUGCAGGUGGAAUUGGAAAAAAAUAUUACCAUCACAUUGGAUGGCUCACUGCUUUAUAAGUCUCUGCCAUUGCCACGGUGACCUGUAGUGGAGACCUCUCGUAUUUUAUUUUAUUUUUUUGUGCAGCGCUUGUGAAAAUGCGUUCCUCUCACUAAAAUGCUCAGACCAUGGUGAUUUCAAUACCUGAUGUUAUAGAACACUGAGCGCAUAUACAAUAUUCAUUGCCUUGGCUACAAAAGCUUCUGGUAAUGUCGCUGGAUUUGUCACACAGUGACGUGAAAGUAAUUUACACUUAAUGACCGGAUGGUAUAGCCCCGGAGCAAAAUUAUUACCAAUAGUAACUUUUGUUGCGUGAAAUCCUUUUUGUAUACUUAAAAACAAAUGGAAAUCAAAAUUUCAAACUAGUACAAAGUGAGACCCUGGAAAUCCUUUUUUUUUUCCAAGAUGUCUGAAUUUGGAAGUGAUUAAUCCUCCACAAUGUAACUCAGAGGCUACUGUAUUUUGUGUCCAAAGAGAAACAUACUUACUGUACAUACUGCUUUUUGACAGCAGCAUAGACAGACAUAAAAAAAUAAGGCAAGUGAUUCAUAAAUAUACUCAUCAGAACCAUUGCCAAAUAAUAAUGAGUUUAAAAAAAGGAGGGGAUGUUUCAUACCCAGUCAUGAAUGUUUUAGUGCAAAAUACAACAUUCAAGUGCAUUUAUCUCAAGAUCCAAACAAAGGUCAAUUCAUAGUGAAAUAUUUAUUAAUUUACUAAUAGCAACUCGGGUUGAUUUGUUCCAUCUCAAAGUAUAAACAAUAAGAGUUAUAAUAAUACAAUUAUAUAUGAGUGUUUUUGGCGUGAACGGUGUUGUUAUUUUGUACGCCAUCUGUUGAUCAUUUUGUAAUGUUUCUACUUGAUUUUGUGACAGCCUUUUAUCAGUGCACUGAGUUGACAAAAAAAAAAUCAUGAACAUUCUCAUAGUGUCUUUCGAAAUCAGAUGUAUAUUCCACCGUAUGUGCUAUCUUCGUGAUUCAAGUUGCGGAGAGAGAGAAAAAAAAUUAUUUGGCAGUAUAUAUGGUGAUCGUGUGGGUGUGCAUGUAAAAAGAAAAAGCAGCCUUUUAUAACCUGAAUAAAUUUGAUAUUUUGUAAAAUA